GACGGUCAAAAUAAUAAAAAAAAAUAAAAUAUCAGAAAUCUCCAAGCGACGACGCUUUGUGAAGAGUUUUACAUCUAUUGCACAUACCCGAGUUGAAUCUGGACAGCUUUUUUAUUUCAAUAUACCCAUGUUCUCACAAGUCUUCACAAGGGCAAAGGGCAUUUUCUCGAAAAAUAAUCUCUCAGCCAACGACGACAGCUCUGUCACCGCCCAAGCUUCUCAAUCCGACUCCGCUGGUAACAAUACGGACGAUUCUUCUUCUACAAUAAAAGACAUGGUGACAGCUACGAGGCAGGGGCACGUGGGAUCCCCACGCACGAAUGGAUCAGAUACUGCGACCAACACAAAAAGGAAGACGUUAGAAAGCAAGACAAAUGGCCAUUCGAAUAAGCGGAGAAGGUUGUCGCCUGAAAAACAAGAUAGUGUCAUUGAGGUCUUGUCGUCACAGCAAGAGGCUCCAGAGGAUAAUGUGACCAUUGAAGUCCCAGUGGUACAGGAGACGGAGAAGAUCAGCAACGGAAUUGAAACCACACCGAAAUCAGAGGGUGCGACCGCCGACGAAUUUUCGAAGAAACCAAGUAAUCAUAUCCGGUUUGGAAGUGAAGAGCCUACACUUCCUAUUCAGCAGACGAAAGGAAUCGAGACACCUCAACCGACGCAAGCUAAGGACGACUCCGAGAGUGACGAUGAUGAAGCCCCUGAGGUCGUCGACAACUCGGCUCAAUUGUUGUCGUUGAAGGUACAAGCACAGAAACAAAAGGAAGCCAAGAGACGGGACGAGAUACUGCAGAAAGAAAAGCGGCGGUUACAGGACGAGAAACAGAAAGCCCAAGCAAAAGCGUCGGCCGCAGCCAAAGCCAAAGCAGAGAAAUCCCAAAAGCCACAAUUCUUUGAUUCGAAGUUGAUAUCAGAUGAUGACCUUGUUUCUGAGAGUACUGCAACUCUCCAAGAAUCCGUUAGAGGCUCCGGUCGCCGGGCGCUCCCCGCUUUGCUUCCAGAUGAGAUAUUAAAUGCGGAACCCGUACACAGACUGCCAUCACCCCCUCCCGAAGAACAGCAGAAGAGCAAUAUAAGAAGACAACACAAGUUCUUCAAGGAAGACAAACCUGCGAAAGACAUACGUCGUGGAGAUGUGACUAUCCGUGUCUUGGAAACUAAGAAAGAGAUGCUCCCUCCUAAGAGCUCAGCGAUUGGGAAGCACGUAAAGGCUUCCUGGCAGGCUGGGCACCGAGGUCGCAAUGGCAGUGCUCCGGGGGGACUUAAACGGGUAGGCGGUGGUCCGAAGAGUUUCGUGCGGCGAUAAAUAUCUUUUAUCUCCAAGUUAUCCUUUGCAUACAUCAUUAUUCCUAUCAGUUACGACUAUUGAUAUUGGAAGUUAUCAGCAUUCGCUCAGAUCCGUCAGAACCUUGUCCAAAGUGAGGAAUUGUACAGUGGAUCCAUGAUGUUGUGGAGUGUCGGGGCGUAUGAAGCGUUUCGGUAUUCAUUCAUGUCAGCAUUUUGAUA